AUGCCCGGCGUGGCCCGCCUGCCGCUGCCGCUGCUGCUCUGGCUGCUGCUGCUGCCGCGCCCGGGCCGGCCGCUGGACUUGGCCGACUACACCUAUGACCUGGGGGAGGAGGACGACUCGGAGCCCGUCGGCUACAAAGACCCCUGCAAGGCGGCUGCCUUCCUUGGGGACAUCGCCCUGGAUGAGGAGGACCUGAGGGCCUUCCAGGCGCAGCAGGCUGCAGAUCUCAGGCAGCGGGCAACGCACAGGUCUUCCAUCAAAACUGCAGGAAAUUCUUCUACCUUCAACUGCCAGAGCACUAGUGGGCAGCUGCAGAGGAAAAGCCGUGGGAGAUGGAGAGGCAGGUCCCGGAGCCGGCGGGCAGCAACAUCCAGACCAGAGCGUGUGUGGCCCGAUGGGGUCAUCCCCUUUGUCAUUGGGGGAAACUUCACUGGCAGCCAGAGGGCAGUCUUCCGGCAAGCCAUGAGGCACUGGGAGAAGCACACCUGUGUCACCUUCCUGGAGCGCACUGACGAGGACAGCUAUAUUGUAUUCACCUAUAGACCCUGCGGGUGCUGCUCCUACGUGGGUCGCCGUGGCGGGGGCCCACAGGCCAUCUCAAUUGGCAAGAACUGUGACAAGUUCGGCAUCGUUGUCCACGAACUGGGCCAUGUCAUCGGCUUCUGGCACGAGCACACGCGGCCAGACCGGGACCGCCACGUCUCCAUCGUUCGGGAAAACAUCCAGCCAGGGCAGGAGUAUAACUUCUUGAAGAUGGAGCUCCAGGAGGUGGAGUCCCUGGGGGAGACCUAUGAUUUUGACAGUAUCAUGCACUAUGCCCGGAACACGUUCUCCAGGGGCAUCUUCCUGGACACCAUUGUUCCCAAGUACGAGGUCAAUGGGGUGAAACCUCCCAUCGGUCAAAGGACCCGGCUCAGCAAGGGGGACAUCGCCCAGGCCCGCAAGCUCUACAAAUGCCCAGCCUGCGGAGAGACCCUACAAGACAGCACAGGCAACUUCUCCUCCCCUGAGUACCCCAAUGGCUACUCCGCCCACAUGCACUGCGUAUGGCGCAUCUCAGUCACACCUGGGGAGAAGAUCAUUCUGAACUUCACGUCCAUGGAUCUGUAUCGCAGCCGCCUGUGCUGGUACGACUACGUGGAGGUCCGGGACGGCUUCUGGAGGAAGGCGCCCCUCCGAGGCCGCUUCUGUGGGGGCAAAAUACCCGAGCCUAUUGUCUCCACCGACAGCCGCCUCUGGGUGGAGUUCCGCAGCAGCAGCAACUGGGUCGGAAAGGGCUUCUUUGCCGUCUAUGAAGCCAUCUGUGGGGGAGAUGUGAAAAAGGACAAUGGCCACAUCCAGUCGCCCAAUUACCCUGACGAUUACCGGCCCAGCAAAGUCUGCAUCUGGCGGAUCCAGGUGUCCGAAGGCUUCCACGUGGGCCUCACCUUCCAGUCCUUCGAGAUCGAGCGCCACGACAGCUGUGCUUACGACUACCUGGAGGUGCGUGACGGGCACAGUGAGAGCAGCACCCUCAUCGGACGCUACUGUGGCUACGAGAAGCCCGAUGACAUCAAGAGCACAUCCAGCCGCCUCUGGCUCAAAUUCGUCUCUGACGGAUCCAUUAACAAAGCCGGCUUUGCUGUCAACUUCUUCAAAGAGGUGGAUGAGUGCUCGCGGCCCAACCGCGGGGGCUGUGAGCAGCGGUGUCUCAACACGUUGGGCAGCUAUAAGUGUAGCUGUGACCCCGGGUACGAGCUAGCUCCGGACAAGCGCCGCUGUGAGGCUGCCUGUGGUGGCUUCCUCACCAAGCUCAAUGGCUCCAUCACCAGCCCCGGCUGGCCCAAGGAGUACCCCCCGAACAAAAACUGCAUCUGGCAAUUGGUGGCCCCCACCCAGUACCGGAUCUCCCUGCAGUUCGACUUCUUCGAGACCGAGGGCAAUGACGUGUGCAAGUAUGACUUCGUGGAAGUACGCAGUGGGCUCACAGCCGACUCCAAGCUACAUGGCAAGUUCUGUGGCUCCGAGAAGCCCGAGGUCAUCACCUCCCAGUACAACAACAUGCGUGUGGAGUUCAAGUCCGACAACACAGUCUCCAAGAAGGGCUUCAAGGCCCACUUCUUCUCAGACAAGGACGAGUGCUCCAAGGAUAACGGCGGCUGCCAGCAAGACUGCGUCAACACAUUCGGCAGCUACGAGUGCCAGUGUCGCAGCGGCUUCGUCCUCCACGACAACAAGCACGACUGCAAGGAAGCCGGCUGUGACCACAAGGUGACAUCCACUAGUGGCACCAUCACCAGCCCCAACUGGCCUGACAAAUAUCCCAGCAAGAAGGAGUGCACCUGGGCUAUCUCCAGCACCCCCGGCCACCGGGUCAAGCUGACCUUCGUGGAGAUGGACAUCGAGUCCCAGCCCGAGUGUGCCUAUGACCAUCUGGAAGUGUACGACGGGCGUGACGCCAAGGCCCCUGUCCUGGGCCGCUUCUGUGGGAGCAAGAAGCCGGAGCCGGUCCUGGCCACGGGCAGCCGCAUGUUCCUGCGCUUCUACUCGGACAAUUCCGUCCAGAGGAAGGGCUUCCAGGCAUCCCACUCCACAGAGUGUGGAGGCCAGGUGCGGGCAGAGGUGAAGACAAAGGAUCUUUACUCCCACGCCCAGUUUGGCGACAACAACUACCCCGGGGGCGUGGACUGUGAGUGGGUCAUCGUGGCAGAGGAGGGCUAUGGCGUGGAGCUGGUGUUCCAGACCUUCGAGGUGGAGGAGGAGGCGGACUGUGGCUACGACUACAUGGAGCUCUUCGAUGGCUAUGACAGCACAGCCCCCAGGCUGGGGCGCUACUGCGGCUCAGGGCCUCCUGAGGAGGUGUACUCGGCGGGAGAUUCUGUCCUGGUGAAAUUCCACUCAGAUGACACCAUCACCAAAAAAGGCUUUCACCUGCGGUACACCAGCACCAAGUUCCAGGACACACUGCACAGCAGAAAAUGACCCCUGCCCUC